AUGUCAGGUGAAAAGCCAGUUUCACAAACCUCUCGUGACUCGGAUUUCUGCUCGACUUGUGGAGCGCUUCUUCCGUUUGCUACAGUACCCGGGCCCACACAAUGUUUGGUUUGUGGAUCGAGGGUAAAAAUUGCCGAGCAAAUCAAUAAUUUUGUUUAUUCUAUCAAAACGGUUUACAAUCAUGGAAUAGCAGAUGCUGACAAUUUCGAAAUUGGCUCAGGAGAUCCAGAAGUCGAUCAUUUAUGCAAAUUAUGUGGUCACGAUCGGGCGACGUUCACCACAAUGCAGACUCGAUCGGCGGAUGAAGGACAAACCGUUUUCUACACAUGCACCAAAUGUAAAAAUAAAGAAAUCGAAUAUUCG